UUGUGAAAUAUGCGGAAAAAACAAGUCGAGACAAUUUAUACUCCGAAACAACUUCCUACUGUGAAUGCAACUCCACACACCCAGGAGAACAGAAAACUACACAGCCGACCUUCAUCUGACGCUCAUAAAAAUAUAUAUAUAUAUAUAUAUACACAUUUAUUUUAUCCUUUAUUUCACGUUUUACUUCGUGAAGCGCGAGGUAUUUAUUUAUUCAGUUUAUUAUUAUUAUUAUUAUUAUUAUUGUAUAUUAUUAUUGUAGAGGUAUAACACGACAUCGAGGAAAAAAAAACACAAACCUCAAAAGAAAAAAAAAAACCAAACGCGGGGUUUGGAUCCCGAAUUUCACGACACGAAUACGUCUUUGUUAAAUUUUUAAUUUUUAAUUUUCUUUUCCUCACUUUAGUUCUGCCGGCUUUUUUUUAAUUUUUUAUUUAUUUAUUUAUUUAUUUAUUUAUUUUUUUAAAAAAAAAAAAGUCAGUUCUGAGGUAACGCGUCGGCGCGUGCGGCGGCCGUUGGUCGUUUUUUUUUUUUUUUAAAAAAAAGGCGUUUUAAUUAUUAUUAUCGUUGUUGAUAUUUAUUAAUUUAUUUGUAUUAAUAUAAAUUAGUUUUUUUUUUUUUAAAUUGGUCAAAUGAUGAGCGUUAAUAACGAAAGAGCCGUGAGCGUCCUUAAAGAGAUCCGUCAGAAACACGGCAACAGCGUUUGCGCGGACUGCGGAGAGACAGAUCCGGAAUGGGCUUCGUGUUCCUUGGGAAUUUUCGUCUGUCUCACCUGUUCUGGAAUCCAUCGGAACAUUCCCAAACUGAGUAAAGUGAAAUCUUUAACCCUCGCGCGAUGGGAGGACUCAGAGAUCGAGUUCAUGGCUGAAAAUGGCAAUACUGCGGUCUGUGCAAAAUACGAAGCUGAGGUUCCAGUGUAUUACUACAGACCGACGCAAAAGGACUGCCAGGUUUUGAAAGAGCAGUGGAUUCGAGCGAAGUACGAACGAGAGGAGUUCACUGCAGGAGGAGGGGAGGACCUGCCCUACGAGAAAGGCUCCAGAGAGGGGCUGCUGUGGAAGAGAGGACGGGACAACGGGCAGUUCCUGCACAGGAAAUUCGUGCUGUCCGACAGAGACGGGACCCUGAAAUACUUCCACAGACACGAUGCCAAGGAGCCCAAAGCCAUCAUCAAAGUGGACACCCUGAACGCCACCUUCCAGCCGAGCAAGAUAGGGAACCCCAACGGCCUGCAGCUGAGCUUCCUGAAGGACUACAGCACCAGAAACAUCUUCAUCUACCAUGAGAACAGCAAGGAGAUCGUUGACUGGUUCAAUUCUAUCAGGGCUCUUCAGCUUCGGUACUUACAGGUUGCCUUUCCUGGCGCGAGCGAUUUAGAAUUGAUGCCGAAACUGACCAGGAACUUUCUCAAAGAAGGCUACAUGGAGAAAACCGGACCGCGGCACACAGAAGGGUUUAAGAAGCGCUGGUUCACGCUGGAUCACAGGCGCCUCAUGUAUUUCAAGGAUCCGCUGGACGCCUUUGCGAAGGGAGAGGUGUUCAUUGGUCACCGGGACCUGGGCUACAGCGUGAAGGCGGGACUUCCUGCCGGGACCCACUGCAACGGCGCCUGGCAACACGGCAUCACCAUAGCAACGCCGGAACGCAGCUUCCUGCUUACCUGUGAGACCGAGAGAGACCAGCAGGACUGGAUCAGCCACCUCGAGAGCCUGCUGCAGCGCACCAUGUCGCCACAAGAGUACGCCAUGGAGGCUGUCUUCAAACACAAGCCCUGAUCGCCGUCGGAAACCAAGCGACCUUUCACCUCCGCGCGACAACUUCCUUCCUGCGUUUUGAGCUCUGAUGACUUCCUGUGUGUCGGACUGUAUUGUCAUGUCUGUUUUUUUUUUUUUUUGUUUUUUUUUGUCCUUGUUGUUGGGGGGGGGCGGUUAAAGGUGUCGCACCUGAGGUUAUUUUUAAAACGCCCAUUUCCUGGCGUUUGGCUUUUUGUGCCCUUUUCACUGCUGCCUGUAUCAUUGUGUAGUUGAUUUUUUUAAUUCCCUAGAAAUUUACUUUUCUGAAUGUGCUACAUCAGUGAUUUCCUACCCUGGUCGUUUUAUUAGACGUCUCAUACGAAGGACGGAGCACAAGGAGGUGAAGCGACUCGCUCAGGGUCACACACACACACACACACACGCACACGCACACGCACACACACACACAGGGAGUCUGGCUGCUGCAGAGUCACUUCCAAUAGGAGCUCGUUUGUUUGACGUCUCAUCCGAAGGACGGAGCACAAGGAGGUGAAGUGACUCGCUCAGGGUCACACGUGCACACACACACGCACACACACACACACACACACACACACAGGGAGUCAGUGGCUGCUGCAGAGUCACUUCCAAUAGGAGCUCGUUUGUUCGAUGUCUCAUCUGAAGGACGGAGCACAAGGAGGUGAAGCGACACACGCUCAGGGUCACACACACACACUCACACACACACACACACACACACAGGGAGUCAGUGGCUCAGCCGGGAUUUGAACCUCCUGGUAUCAAGACCCCCUUUCUCUAACCGCUGGGACCACCCAACCUCCUUCCAGCUUUUAAACAGUUGCAGAUUUCAACUUUAACUAUCAUAUGUUAUAAAGAACUUGAAAGUUUUUUUUUAUUAUUUUUAGGAGCUGAGAACAAUUAAAAAGAUCUAAUUCAGCUAAUUCUGAGUUCGAUUCAGGGUGUGGCUCAGUAAUUGAGAGCUCAGCGGGGAUGAAAAGCAGCCGAACCAGCAGGGGGUCCCUCGAAAAUCUCUAAUUACACUACAGCAUGUAUAUUCUGACACGGUACACACUGAUUAUAACCCCGUGUGUGUGCGUGCGUGCGUGCGUGUGUGUGUUUCUUUCUCUAAGCUUGCUAAAGUAGGAUCAUUUACUAAAACAAUUACUAAAGGCUAACAAGAUGCUCGGAUAUAUUGUGAGAAGUGUUGAAUUUAAAUCAAGGGAAGUAAUGUUAAAACACUACAAUGCAUUAGUAAGACCUCACCUAGAAUAUUGUGUUCAGUUCUGGUCACCUCGUUACAAAAAGGAUAUUGCUGCUCUAGGAAGAGUGCAAAGAAGAGCAACCAGAAUUAUCCCGGGUUUAAAAGGCAUGUCGUAUGCAGACAGGCUAAAAUAAUUGAAUCUAUUCAGUCUUGAACAAAGAAGACUACACGGCGAUCUGAUUCAAACAUUCAAAAUCCUAAAAGGUAUUGACAAUGUCGACCCAGGGGACUUCUUUGACCUGGAAAAAGAAACAAGGACCAGGGGUCACAAAUUAGAUAAAGGGGCAUUCAGAACAGAAAAUAGGAGGCACUUUUUUCACACAGAGAAUUGUGAGGGUCUGGAACCAACUCCCCAGUAAUGUUGUUGAAGCUGACACCCUGGGAUCCUUCAAGAAGCUGCUUGAUGAGAUUCUGGGAUAAAUAAGCUACUAACAACCAAACGAGCAAGAUGGGCUGAAUGGGGCCUCCUCUCGUUUGUAAACUUUCUUAUGUUCUUAUGUUCUUAUUAUUUUCCAUUGAACUGUGUAUAAAGUCACACUUACUAGCUUGAAUCCUUUUUAGAAUUAUUAAUUGUAAUUUGUUUCAAAUGUACUAACAUCAAACGUGUUAUGAAUGGGGGGAAAUUAAUGGAAUAAAUCACGUAUUGUAAUAAGAUUUGAA